ACAAUGGCGGAAGCUAAGAUGGUUUUCAUGACUGAGGCGGCGUCACCACCGUCGUCAGGACCACGUAUCUCCUUCUCAGCGGAUUUGUCAUCAUCAGAUAGCGACGGAGAUUACAUCUGUAUCAACCCUGUGAACCUCAUUGUCGGCAAAGAAGAAAAAGACAAGACGAACUUGGUGAAAGCUGGAGACUUUGAGUUUCUGUCUGAAAACGUAACGAGUAACCAAACGAUGCUUACCGCCGACGAGUUGUUCUGUGAAGGAAAGUUACUUCCUUUCUGGCAGGUAAAGCAUUCAGAGAAGCUUAAAAACGUCAACUUGAAAACAAAAGUUGAAGUCGAAGAAGAAGAAGAAGAUCAUAAAGUAGUGAGAGAUGAGGUUGUUCAUCACACCAAGGAGCAGGAGAACAACAACAACAACAACAACAGAGGAAGCUGGUUUCUUGACGACGACCCUUCUCCACGUCCACCAAAGUGCACUGUGCUGUGGAAAGAGCUUUUACGGCUGAAGAAACAGAGGACCACCACGACGACAACGGUUUCUUCAACGAGGGUAUCGUCUCUAUCGCCGUCUUCAUCUUCAAGCUCGACAUCGUCUUCUUCGAGCUCGAUUGGGGAUGCGGUGAAGAAGGAAGAGAGAGAGAAGGAAGGGAAGAGAGGUAAGAAAGGGUUAGAGAGGACGAGAUCUGUGACUAUGAGGAUAAGACCAAUGAUUCAUGUUCCUGUUUGUACUCCUUCUAAGUCCUCUGCUCCAUUGCCUCCUCUGUUUCCUCUAAGGCUACACAAAAACAGAGUAGAGAGACGAACUUGAUGAACAUCUUUUGUGUGGUUUAUAUUUAUCCUUCCUUAAUUUGGUUGGGUUUUGUGAUUGAGAUCUGAGUUGUGACAGUGUAAAUGUGAACAUUUUCAUACCCGGGAGAACAAUAAAGAAUUUAUCAUUAUUGAAUCCAUUUUUAUGCUUUUCA